AUGAAUUUUGGAAGUCAGACCCCCACAAUUGUGGUCUUAAAAGAGGGCACAGAUGCCUCUCAGGGCCGUGGUCAAAUUAUCUCAAAUAUUAAUGCAUGCUUAGCGAUUCAGGAUUCUCUAAGGCCUACACUGGGACCAUUGGGGUCAGACAUCUUGAUUGUGUCUUCGAACGGGAAAACAACAAUUUCUAAUGACGGUGCGACGAUUUUGAAGCUUUUGGAUGUGGUUCAUCCUGCUGCCAAAACGUUAGUGGACAUCUCAAGAGCUCAAGAUGCAGAAGUAGGUGACGGAACAACCAGUGUGACCAUCCUGGCUGGUGAGCUUAUGAAAGAGGCCAAGCCGUUUUUAGAGGAAGGUAUCUCGUCGCAUGUCAUCGUAAAGGGCUACAGAAACGCUGCCAACAUGGCAAUCAAGAAAAUUAAGGAAUUGGCCUCAUCGGUUUCCAGCGACAACGGCACCAACAGAGAUCUACUAGAACGGUGUGCUAGAACUGCGAUGUCAUCGAAACUCAUCAGCAGCAACUCUGACUUUUUCGUGAAAAUGUGUGUGGACUCCGUUUUGUCUCUAGACCAAGACGAAUUGGACGACAAGCUAAUCGGUAUUAAAAAAAUCCCUGGUGGAGCUAUGGAGGACUCCAUCUUUGUGAACGGUGUUGCAUUCCAAAAAACGUUCUCAUAUGCAGGCUUCGAACAACAACCCAAGGUUUUCGAAAAUCCUAAAGUUCUCAGCUUGAACGUCGAAUUGGAGUUGAAAGCAGAGAAGGACAACGCAGAGGUACGGGUUGAGCAUGUGGAGGAUUAUAACGCCGUUGUCGAUGCCGAAUGGAAAAUCAUCUUAGACAAGCUCCAACAAAUCGAAGAGUCGGGUGCCAACAUUGUGCUAUCUAAACUACCUAUCGGCGAUCUGGCAACGCAAUUUUUCGCUGACAGAGACAUAUUUUGUGCCGGUAGAGUUGCUGCCGAAGACAUGAACCGUGUUAUUUUGGCCGUCGGCGGUGCCGUCCAAUCUACGACUUCAGACAUAAAGCCCGAGCAUCUAGGUACAUGCGAACAGUUUGAAGAAGUUCAGGUUGGCGGCGAACGUUACAACAUUUUCAAAGGCUGCCCGCAAGCCAAAACCUGCACACUGCUACUGCGUGGUGGUGCCGAACAAGUCAUUGCAGAGGUCGAAAGAUCAUUACACGAUGCUAUAAUGGUAGUGAAACGUGCUAUCAAGAGUAAGCUCGUUGUCGCCGGUGGCGGUGCCAUAGAAAUGGAGAUUUCAAGAUACCUAAGGGACGAAUCUAAGAAAAUCGCUGGAAAGCAACAACUAAUAAUCAACGCUUUUGCCAAAGCUCUUGAAGUUAUUCCUAGGCAACUAUGUGAAAAUGCCGGUCUUGAUGCCACGGAUGUUCUGAAUCGCCUAAGAAUGGCUCACAGCCGUGGUGAAAAAUGGUUCGGUGUGGAUUUCGAGACUGAGAGCAUUGGCGAUAACUUUGCUAAAUUCGUGUGGGAGCCUGCUCUCGUUAAGAUAAACGCAUUGAGCAGUGCGACCGAGGCCACGAAUUUGAUUUUGUCUGUUGACGAAACUAUCAAGAACAAAGAGAGCCAACCAGCCAAUGCUGGUAUGAUGCCUCCACAGGGCGGUGCCAGAGGCAGAGGAGUGCCAAUGCGUUAA